GUCGGAGGAGCGGAGAAGCGGAGAAGCGAUGGCGGUUCUCUCAUGGUGUUCACCAAGGCAAAGUUUAGCUUCUCUGAAAAAGUCUUUGAAUCUAAGCGAGAGGGGAAAAGCCGUCAAUUUUUGGAGUGCUGGUGAAUGACUAAAGUGCGCACUGGACUGACUCCGCGAGGCGUUUACUGCUGUGCGUGCGUGCGCGCCCGUGACGUGUCCUUGGCGACGGCAGAAUUUUGGGAGCCGCAGUUAGUUACUAGUUUGUGAACUUCGGAGAGAGAGCUAACGCGUUAGCACGGCUCUUUAGCCCGCUAGUGUAAAGUGUUUCAACUAAGUUUGCCAGAGAGUGUCUAUGUGGAGGAUUUGUACAUGUAGACACGCAAGGUAAUUAGUAACUUAUCUUAGGGAGUGAAAUAAAUCGUGUGUAUAUUUAGCUUGAUUCAUUCGCUUGGGAUGAGCAGGUACUUUGCACCUGUAGCCUUCACGGCUUGAAAACUCGACUUUCCCGGUUGGGUAUGUUGUUUACCUUCAUUUUUACAAUUAUUAAAUUAGUUUGUACUUCUGGUUGCGCUGAAAUCGACAGACUGAUAAUGUAGCUUUUGCUCUCAAAAGUAAACGAAAGAGUUAGCGUCGCAAAUAUUCCGGCUAACGCUGAUGUCCCAGCUUCAGAGACACUUCGCACUCCCAGACUGGUUAUCUGGCUUGCGUGGAAACAAAGCAAUGCGUCUCUUAACAUCUAUUAAGCCGGAUUUAACCUGACCGACUCUCCAUUAAUGAUAUAAAGUCACCUGGCUGGGGUUCUAGGAACUUUUGUGUGUGUACGUGUCAUUGAGGAAUACGGCUACUGGACUAGUUUACUUAGAUUUGACAUCACGGCACCCUAUGGUGCUCCUGCAGGCACCGAGACAUGGAUGUUCCCCAGGCCGUUUUCCCAAACGGUGAGGGGCGCAUGAGCCUCCAAGACCAUGUCUGGACGGAGUCCUCCAACUCGGGGGUUUGGGCUCACUCUGCCCCCGUGUGUCCCCGCUCGCUCUGGACCGCGGUGUUUGACUACGAGGCCAGCGGGGAGGACGAGCUCAGCCUGCGGCGAGGAGACGUGGUGGAGGUCCUGUCUAAGGACGCUGCCAUCUCGGGAGACGAAGGCUGGUGGACUGGUAAAAUUAACCAUCGCGUGGGCAUCUUCCCAUCUAAUUAUGUUACUUACCAACCAGUCAUUUACAGAGCGGUAGGGGAUCGCGAGAGUGACCCGUCCGCCCCUGUCCGGAUACCGUUUUCUGAACUUGUUCUACAAGAAAUCAUCGGCGUCGGUGGUUUUGGCAAAGUCUACCGGGGGACCUGGAGGGACCAGGAGGUCGCAGUGAAGGCAGCUCGACAGGACCCCGACGAAGACAUUAAAGCGACUGCAGACAGUGUUAAACAAGAAGCUAAACUUUUCUCGAUGCUUCAACAUCCUAAUAUUAUUAAACUAGAGGGGGUGUGUUUGGAGGAGCCUAACCUGUGUCUGGUCAUGGAAUAUGCCCGAGGAGGGACUCUCAACCGCGCUUUGACGGGCAGAAGGAUCCCCCCUCAUAUCCUAGUGAACUGGGCCGUCCAGAUCGCCAGAGGCAUGCAGUAUCUCCACGAGGAGGCUGUGGUUCCCAUUAUUCACCGAGACCUCAAAUCCAGCAACAUUUUAUUACUUGAAAAAAUUGAGAAUGAUGACAUUGGUCGAAAAACCCUGAAGAUUACUGACUUUGGCCUGGCCCGUGAGUGGCACAAAACGACCAAAAUGAGUGCAGCUGGCACUUAUUCCUGGAUGGCUCCUGAGGUCAUCAAGUCCUCUCUGUUUUCCAAAGGGAGUGAUGUCUGGAGCUAUGGAGUCCUCCUUUGGGAAUUACUGACUGGAGAGGUUCCUUACCGUGGCAUCGACGGUUUGGCAGUUGCCUAUGGAGUGGCUGUCAACAAAUUAACCCUUCCCAUUCCAUCUACCUGUCCCGAGCCUUUUGCCAAGCUCAUGGAGGAAUGCUGGGAGCAGGAUCCCCACAUCCGCCCGUCCUUUGCUUCCAUCUUGGAGCAGCUGACUGCCAUAGAGGAGGCUGUGAUGGCCACCAUGCCGCAGGACUCCUUCCACUCAAUGCAGGAGGACUGGAGAGUGGAGAUUCAAGAAAUGUUUGAUGAGCUACGCACUAAAGAAAAGGAGCUCCUUUCACGUGAGGAGGAGCUGACGCGAGCAGCCCUUCAGCAGAAGUCUCAUGAAGAGCUGUUGAAGAGGAGGGAACAGCAGCUGGCCGAGCGGGAAAUUAAUGUGCUUGAGCGUGAGCUCAACAUCAUCAUAUUCCAACUCAACAAGGACAAGCCUAAUGUUAAAAAACGAAAGGGCAAGUUCAAACGCAGCCGCCUCAAGCUCAAAGAUGGCAACCGCAUCAGCUUACCCUCAGAUUUUCAGCAUAAAAUCACAGUUCAGGCCUCUCCGACUAUGGACAAGAGAAGAAGCCUCAACAGCACCAACUCCAGCCCCCCCAGCAGCCCUACACUGAUCCCUCGCCUCAGAGCCAUUCAGUUGACCCUGGAUGAGAGCAACAGGACAUGGGGUCGAAGCACCAAUUACAAACCUGGGGAGUUUGAAGAUGUUAAGAAAGGGUUUAAGAAGAAGGGCCGCACAUGGGGACCAAGCUCUGUGCAGACCAAGGAAGGAGCAAAUUGUACUGAAAGAGUUCGACCUCUUUCAGAUGGAAGCAGUCCCUGGUCCACUAGUCUUAUGAAGGCCCAGAAAUCUGUUCCAUUGGCAGCAUUAUUUGCGGAGCAGGGAACCAAUAAAGAUGAAGUAUGUUCUGCUGAUGGAUCUGACAACAAACUAAAGCAACUGAAGUUCCCCAACCAGGUUUAUAUUGAUCUACCUCUGUGGAAAGAUGAACAGGGAGAGGAGAGCCAGGGGCCGGCUGGUGGAGGUGAGAGCCAGGAAGACCCAACAACAUCCACGAGUUCCACCAGCACCACACCGCAGCACACACCCACCAACAGCCUGAAGCGCACCACCACACGCCGGCGCACAGAUGCUGUUCUCUAUGGCUGUGCCUCCAUCCUGGCAUCUGUCGCAUUCGGCUUCGACCUGCGGGAGGUGUGUAAGGGUGCUGCUAAUGAGGAACCAGAGCCACGUGAGGAGAAGAAAAAACGAGAGGGCCUGUUUCAGCGUGCCACUCGCUUCCGCCGCAGCACCAGCCCCCCUGGUGGCCGCUCACGCAAGGAUGAGGUUACCGCAGGACCCGUAAGCCUACUCGCCAUGUCAUCGAUUUCUGAGUGCAACUCCACCAAGUGCCUCCUGCAGUCAGAUUUUGAGGGGUCUGGGUAUAACCCACUGAACGAGACUCCAGCUAGCAAUUCCCAGACACAUCAGCAUACAGGCACUAGUGAUGUUCUUCCCUCUGCCCCUGUACAAGAUCAUACUUCUGGGUCCAACUCUCAGCUUAGGAGAAAGAAGUCCAGCCCUGCUGUGUGUCAGACCAUUUAUGGCAACAGUAACUUCCAGGCCAGUCCACCUGAUUCCUCUACCACUUCCCUGAAAAAGAAGGCUGACAUAGAGCCUGCUCAAGAGAAGCAAGCCUCCGGGGAAUCAGUAUCUAGACCCAGACCGCUUUCGCUAAGAAGCAAACCUCACUCCUGGGCUCUUCUAAAGAGCCGCAAUAAGAGCUAUUCUCUUGGGCACUACUCUGGGGAGAAGAGUGCCCAAAACUUGGACAUGGUCCUCCCCUCAGAGGUCAAAAUGGGCUGCUCUUUGCUGGAUAUGGACACAGAGGGCCAAAAACGAGACUGCACAGUUCCCCUCUGUCGAAUACAGAGCACACCAAGUCGACCGUCUGUCUUCGAACUGGAGAAGAAGGUUUUAUCCUGAAAUAAGUUGCAUCUGGAACAGUCUUACUUUUGUCUUGAAUCUGUCUGUUCAACAUGACAUUUAGUUGGUGUUUUUCCCCCCCAAGAUUAACAUCAUGGCCUUUGAUCAAUAUUUGAGCCAUUGCUGCUGGAGAUAUUCUGUGGUACUUUUAUUUAUAUGCCGUUUACUUUGAUAUGUAAUUUAAUAUGAAGUGACAUAUGAAGUGAAUGAUCAGCGUUCCACUGAAUUUACAGUUAGAAUUGCUGGUUUGUAGUUUUUACGAAGUGACUUGAGUUGUAAACCUUUUACACUGAUGAGCAAGAUCUCAGAUUCUGUUAGAAACUACUGAUUUUUAAAGUGUUCAGGCAUUCUUGUCAUUUGAUUUCAUAUCACGUAAUGUCAUAUGAAAGGCAUAAACAGGGCCCACAGUGUUUAUAUAAAUAAUAAUAGUUGUACAGAUGAAGUGGCAUAGCUUAUGUAGCUAACAGACCUUUAUGUUUGCUAACUCAAACAGCGUUUUCAAGUUCCCUACAUAGCUCAUUAUUUUUCCUGUACUAAUACAUUACAUUUUCAGGGUUUUGUCUUUUAUGACCUGUUUGAAAUUGAUUCCUGGUGGUCAGCAUAAUUUCUUUCUGAUCAUUUUUUGGAACAUAAUUUUUUUUUACUAAAGUUAUAUUGGAUAGACACCUCAUGGACUCUCUCCUUUUAUAGCUUUAAGUCAGAUGCAUUUUAUCUAAUUAUGUCUUUUAGAAGUGUACAC